AUCAAAAGUUUCAAUUUUUUUGGUUUUUGCCCAGAGGGUUGGGAGUGAUUCUUUAGAGUUGUAUGUGUAAGGUGGUCCAUACAAAGACCUUCACUUCCAACUGCCUGUAGAUUCGAAAUUUGAAGCUUUCGAUCGUUUUAUUUUUCAUGGGGAUGCCUUACCAAUCUUCUGUUUUUCCAAGGUUUGAGAUGGAUCGCAUUAUUCAUGAUUUGGCCAACAGUUCAGCUCAUCUCAACUACACACGAUUCCUGGAUCUGAUAGCUGACCAUGAAAGAAACCCUAACCAACACCCUCAUAGUAAUUGGAGUGGACAUCCACCUGGUGAAGCUUCUGGAGUUGGUUAUGAAUUGUCUGCUCCAAAACCAGGACCUUCAAUUGUUUAUCCAACAUCAUUAACUGCAACAGAUUCUCUGCAUGCUGCACGCUCUCUAGCCCUUCAUGAUACUCCAAAUCGUAAUGAAGCUUCAUUUAAAACUUUGUGCUUCACAGAACUAAAAUCAGAGAAUGGGCCGUCGACAUGUCAACCGUCAACAAGCCGUAGAGUCGGCGUUAAAUCGGAGCCAGUUGACAAUACAGAACGAACAAAUCCUUCCAAAAGGAUAAUAUGUGGUGUGUGCAAUCUCGAAAUGCCUGAAACUAAAUUUGAUGAUCAUCGUUAUGCAGAACACAUAGGGUUGGCUAGGCCAUAUGGCAUGUCACAGGAUUUCUCGGAUGCUGAAAAGAGACGAGAACUAAAGCGAGCUUUGCUUUUGAUGAAACAAGUAUCCUGUCCGUAUUGUUUACGCAUAUUUACGUCAACUCUGGGAUUUCAAUACCAUCAGUCACGCUGUGAAGCCGAAGUUGGUGAUUCUCCCAAAAGGCAGGUUGAUUGUUAUUUGUGUGGAAAGCAAGUUGCAGCUUUCAGAGCUCACAUGAAAAUUCACUUAAAGGAAGAAAGGCAGCAGCUGGUGAAGAUGUUAGAAGAAACGAAAAUUAUUUCCUGUCAUUACUGUGACAGUAAGUAUUCAACUCUUACUGGAUACCUAUACCACAAAGAUCGCUGCAGAUUCGCUCCUCAUCCUCCACUCGCACCUUUAUUGAAGAAAUCAAAUAAAAGGAAGGAAGAAUGUGAGGUCUGUGGCAAAAAAGUAUUGGUCUUGAAAUCGCACAUGAAGCUUCAUGAGAGAGCCUUGGCUAAAACUGAAUAAUUUGCGAUUAUUGUAAGGCCAAUUGAUUUCGCAAUAAAAUGUACGAAAAGAUGCGUAAAUAUUUCAGUGCAGAUUCAACCCUGAAUUCGCUGAAUUAACGAAUAGCAUGAAUCGGAUGAUCUCUCCUUCUCUUUCUGUUUUCCCUCUCUUUUUCCAUUCUAUCGCUCCUCCAUUUACUUUUUUCAUCCGGGUUGUCGAAUUUUUGGGAACAACUGUACCAUUGAUUCAUCGCUUGAAAAUCUUUAAUUAAUCGAAUAACUUGACUUUAAUUACAAAUAAAUGAUCAUUUUCAAUUUCAA